AUGAUGGAUCAAAAUCAACAUUUGAGUAAGACAGCAGAGGCACAACAUUCUGAGAAAAGGAAAACUAGAAACUACUGCAAUGGAUUCAAGAUGUUCUUGGCAGCCCUCUCACUCAGCUUUAUUUCUAAGACACUAAGUGCAAUCAUUAUGAAAGGUUCCAUCACUCAAAUAGAAAGGAGAUUUGACAUAUCAUCUUCUACUGUUGGCUUAAUUGAUGGAAGCUUUGAAAUGGGAAAUUUGCUUGUGAUUGUAUUUGUGAGUUACUUUGGAGCCAAAUCACACAGACCAAAACUAAUCGGAAUUGGUUGCUUCGUUAUGGGAAUUGGAAGUAUUUUGACUGCUUUACCUCAUUUCUUCAUGGGAUAUUACAGGUAUUCUAAAGACACCCCUAUUAAUCCAUCAGAGAAUUCAACAUCAAGCUUAUCAACUUGUUUGAUUAAUCAAAAUUUGUCACUCAAUAGAACAUCACUGGAGAUAGUGGGAAAAGGUGGGGAAAAGGAAUCUGGGUCACAUAUGUGGAUAUAUAUUCUAUUGGGUAAUAUGCUUCGUGGAAUUGGGGAAACGCCCAUAACACCCUUGGGGAUUUCUUACAUCGAUGAUUUUGCUAAAGAAGGACAUUCUUCUUUUUAUUUAGGUAAUUUGUUUGCAGUAACAAUGAUUGGUCCAAUCAUUGGCUUUUUACUGGUAUCUCUGUUUUCUAAAAUGUAUGUGGAUAUUGGAUACGUAGAUCUGAGCACUAUCAGAAUAACUCCUAAGGACUCUCGUUGGGUUGGUGCGUGGUGGCUUGGUUUCCUUGUGGCUGGACUAAUGUCCAUUAUUUCUUCUAUACCAUUCUUUUUCUUGCCCAAAAAUUUGGAUAAACCAAAGAAAGAAAAAAAAGCUUCAGUAUCUUUGCCUGUGCAAAAUGAGGAAAAGAGUCAAAUGGCUCAUUUGACCAAGCAGGGGCAAAAUGUUAGUGGAACUGUAGCUGGUUUUUUCCAGUCCUUGAAAAACAUCCUUACCAAUCCCCUGUAUGUUAUAACAUUAUUUUUGACACUGCUACAAGCCAGCAGCCAUAUUGGAAUUAUUACUUAUGUCUUCAAAUAUGUAGAACAGCAGUAUGGCCAGUCAGCAUCUGAGACUAGCAUUUUGUUUGGAUUCAUAACCAUACCAACUUUUGCAUCUGGAAUGUUUACAGGAGGAUAUAUCAUUAAAAAAUUCAAAUUUACCUUGGUUGGAAUUGCAAAAUUUUCAUUUUGUAGCCAUAUGUUGUCCUUCCUAUUUCACCUAUUAAAUUUUGCGCUAAUCUGUGAAAACAAAUCAGUUGCUGGACUAACCUUGACCUAUGAUGGAAAUAAUCCAGUGGCAUCUCAUAUAAAUGUACCACUUUCUUAUUGCAACUCUGACUGCAAUUGUGAUCAAAGUCAAUGGGAACCACUCUGUGGGGACAAUGGAAUAACCUACAUAUCACCUUGUUUAGCAGGAUGCAAAUCUUCAAGUGGCAGUAAAAAGUCUGUUAUGUUUCAUAACUGUAGUUGUGUGGAAGUAAAUGGUUUCCAGAGCAGAAAUAACUCAAUGAAGUUGGGUGAAUGCCCCAAAAAUGAUCAAUGUACAAGAAAAUUUUACGUUUAUAUAGUAGUGCAAAUAUUUAUCUAUUUUUCUUCUGCAUUGGGAAGCACCUCAAAUAUCAUGCUGGUUUUUAAAAAUGUUGAACCUGAACUGAAAUCACUUGCCAUGGGUUUCCAUUCACUAACUAUUCGAACACUAGGAGGAAUUCCAGCUCCUAUAUAUUUUGGGGCUCUGAUUGAUAGAGCUUGUAUGAAGUGGUCUGUCAACAACUAUUGGAAGCAAGGGUCUUGUCGGAUAUACAAUUCCACAUUAUAUGGAAAUACUUUCUUUGGCUUGACUACAGGCUUAAAACUCCCAGCCCUUGUUUUAUAUGUUGUGUUAAUUUCUGUUAUGAAGAAAAAAUAUCAAGGAAAAGAUAUCAAGGCAUCAGAAAAUGAAAGAAAAUCCGUGAAUGAAGCGAACUUAGAACCGUUAAGUAGUGAUGCCGGAGUGGACCGUGAAACACAUAUUUAAGGGGAGAAAAAAAUUCUUCUGCCGCUGUGUUUUCUACUAACAUUGUAUUAAUUGAGUAGGAUGUUAUUUUUGAGCAGUUCCUGGUCCUUUCACUGACAAUUUUCACAUUCUAUACUAAUGAUGGAACAAUGAAUCACCUAUGAAUUUAUG